AUGGCUGCUGUGUGGAAUGGCUUCUUAGAAAGUGCUGGCUCCAGGAGAACUGACCAACCAGAGAUUGUGGAAAGAAGACCAAAUUGCUACUCGACUCACCUUGGAAUCGUUCCCCUCCUAGUGCUUGUCUUAGUCUUCUUUAGCUAUGGGUACCUGAGCCACAGAAGCCAGGAACUGAGAGACCCAGGAGCAGUGACUAGUGUGGCUGUUAGAGAGCUGGAUGUCCGGGAAAUUGUAACCCUGUCAAGGAUGACCUAUCCCCACACAAAGGCGCUAAUACCCAGUAGGAAAGACGUUCUCGUCCUGACUCCUUGGCUGGCUCCCAUCAUCUGGGAGGGAACCUUCAAUAUCGACAUACUGAAUGAGCAGUUCAGGCUUCAGAAUACCACGAUUGGACUGACUGUGUUUGCCAUCAAAAAGUAUGUGGUAUUCCUGAAGCUGUUCCUGGAGACGGCAGAGCAGCACUUCAUGGUGGGACACAAGGUCACCUACUAUGUCUUCACUGACCGGCCAGGUGAUGUUCCACAGGUGCACCUGGGGACAGGACGGCAUCUGGUUGUGCUAACUGUGCGCAAUUACAGCCGCUGGCAGGACGUGUCCAUGCAUCGGAUGGAGAUGAUCAGCCACUUCUCAGAGCGGCGCUUUCUGCAUGAGGUGGAUUACCUGGUCUGUGCAGAUGUGGACAUGAAGUUCCGUGACCACGUGGGCGUGGAGAUUCUCUCAGCACUCUUCGGCACCCUGCAUCUUGGCUUCUACAAUAGCAGCCGGCAGGCUUUUACCUAUGAGCGCCGGCCAAAGUCCCAGGCCUACAUCCCCUGGGAUGAGGGAGACUUUUACUACAUGGGGGCCUUUUUUGGGGGGUCAGUGGUGGAGGUGCACCAUCUCACCAAGGCCUGUCAUGAGGCUAUGGUGGAGGACAAGGCCAAUGGCAUUGAGGCUGUGUGGCAUGAUGAGAGCCAUUUGAAUAAGUACCUGCUUUACCAUAAGCCUACAAAAGUGCUGUCCCCAGAGUACAUGUGGGACCAGCAGAUGUUGGGCUGGCCAUCCAUCAUGAAGAAGCUGAGAUAUGUAGCUGUGCCCAAGAACCAUCAGGCAAUCAGGAACUGAUAGCUGAGUUCCUAUUGGAGAGGCCAGGCCUAUAGCCAGGGCACGUGAGGCUGGGUUGGAACUGGAAGGAUUUGAGAGACAUUGCUAAGUGUCACCCUCCACCCCACCCCAGAGUCCAGCAGGCCCAGUGCCACUUGGCUAACCACACACUUGCAUCUGUCCCUGGAGUAUCAACCACCUUCAGCUCCCCCUGUGUGCCUAAGCUCCUUGUAUUCAGUGAUAUGGUAGACACAGACUUCAGAACGUGGGCAAAACUCUGUCACCCAGUUACCUGAGGGCCUGUGCAUCCUCACUCAGUCCUGUCCCUCCUCUGUUGGGA